CUGUAGAACGGUCAUUCUGCAGUACCAACCAGCUCGACAGAGACACCCGGAAGGCACGAAAGUCAAUUUGAAAAAGCAGCAUGAAUCGUUUUAAGACCUCCAAAUACAAAAAUACUACUCCGAAAGUUUCCAAGAAAGAUGAAUGGAUCAGCAAUGUCCGUGCAGGCACCUUUUCCUGCCAGGGGAAUCACAUCAAAGCAAGCUCCAAGCUGGUGGCUUUCAAUACAGAGCACGCUGGUGGAGGAAUGGUAGGCCUUACUUCAGUCAAACCUGGUUCAAAUGGCCAGUGGACUGUCACCCAGAUUCCCUGUCAUGCUGAUCUGGUGACCGACAUGGACUUCUCUCCUUUUGAUGACAGUCUCUUGGCAACCUGCUCUGGUGAUGGAACGGUGAAGCUGUGGCGUUUGUGUGAUCCAGAGCAGGAGCAGCCCAGCAGUCCAGAGCUGACGGUGCAUCCAGGUCUAGGCAGGCUGGAGCUGGUGCAUUUCCACCCCACUUCCUCUGGUUUGCUGGCUGUUGGCACCACAAAGUCUCCUCUGAUUUGGGACACCAGCCGCCAGGAACAACCACUAGCAGCUCUGGAGCCACACAGCGACCAGGUGCAGAGUCUAAGCUGGAAACAUGAUGGCUCUCUGUUAGCGUCCUCCUGCAAGGACAAGAUGUUGCGAGUGUUUGAUCCAAGAGCCCAGCUGUCGCCUGUUCAGAGCGCCAAGUGCCUUCAGAACAACAAGGAUUCUCGUAUCCUGUGGGCUACAGAUGACCUUUUAGUGACCACUGGCUUUGAUAUGAUGCGUAGUCGUGAGGUGAGGCUUUGGGACAGCAGGAAGCUGAGCUCUUCACUCAACUCAAUGUCUCUUGGCACCUCCAGUGGGACACUGAUACCACUGUUUGAUGAGGACACUGGUCUGCUUCUACUUGCUGGCAUGGGAGACACUGUGAUUGAUUGUUUUGAAGUCUCUUCCUCUGAGCCCUUCCUCUCUCAAGUGAGCCACUGUUUGACAGAAGCCUCAACACGAGGAGUUGCCAUGGUACCCAAGCUGGGAUUGGAUGUAAUGUCCUGUGAAGUCAUGCGGGUGCUUCAGCUGAGAGACAGCUGUAUAGUGCCAGUCAGCUACCAAGUCCCUCGCAAGCAUUCAGGUCAGGAGUUUCACGAGGACCUUUACCCAGAUACAGUGGGAACAAAUCCAGCCAUGUCUGCUGAGGAGUGGUGGAAGGGAGGGAACAAGCAGGUGGAAAGAGUUAGCCUCCAUCCAGACAAACGGCCCAAACCACCAGCGAAACAGACACCUGGAAAGAAGGAACUGCCCAGUGGUGGGAGCAAAGAAGACCAGGCUCAUGGCUUUUCCACUUCCAGUAGUCCUUUAAGCACUCCUAGCAGCAGCGCUGCCCCGUCCCGCUCUCCCUCCUCCACCUCCGGUCUCUCUUCAGGUUUUCUCCCCAGUCCCAGUCCUAGUCAGAGUGUCAAAGCUAUACAAAGCCUGCUGGGGCCAACGUCCAAGUUCCGUCAUAUCCAGGGUUCCGUGAUGCACCGCGACACACACAUCACCAACAUUCGUGACCUCAACCUGACUACACCUGGCGAAUGUGAUGGCUUCUGUGUCAACCGUCAACGUGUGGCAGUGCCCCUCGCCAUCUCUGGUGGCCAGAUUGCUAUAUUUGAGCGCUCUCAGCCCGGCAGACUACCAGAAACAGCCAUACCCACCAUUCAAAACUCUGUAAACGUGGCCGACUUUUCUUGGGACCCCUUUGACACACGCAGACUUGCUGUGGCUGGUGAUGAUGCUAAGAUUCGGGUGUGGGAGGUACCAGAGGGCGGGCUGAAAGAAACUAUAACUGAGCCCAAGAUCAUCUUGCAAGGCCACACAGAGAAGAUCUACUCCAUUAAGUUUCACCCUCUGGCCAGUGGACUCCUUGUAUCUUCAUCCUAUGAUCUCACAGUCAGAGUGUGGAACCUGGAGAGCAGAGAACAGGUCAAACUUCUCACUGGACACCAGGACCAGGUGUUUGGCAUGGCAUGGAGCCCAGAUGGCAAGCUCCUGGCCACAGUUUGCAAAGAUGGAAAAGUUCGCAUCUAUGACCCUCGCAAGUCCACUGCACCUGUCCAAGAAGGCGCAGGUCCUGAAGGCCACAGGGGAGCUCGUGUGGUCUGGGUGUGUGAUGGCAAGUACCUGCUGGUGUCAGGAUUUGACAGUCGCAGCGAAAGAGGACUCUACCUGUACUCAGCUGGCUCCCUGUCCUCUGGGGCAAUAGCCAGCACUCCCGUAAACGUCUCCCCCUCAACGCUUAUCCCGUUCUAUGACCCUGACACCAGCAUUGUCAUUCUCACUGGAAAAGGUGAUACCAGAGUGCAUAUUUAUGAGAUAGUCCCUGAAGAUCCAUACUUCAUUGAAUGCAGCAGUUUUAACUCCCCUGAGCCUCAUAAGGGAUUGACCUUUCUGCCAAAAACAGAGUGCAACGUGCGAGAUGUAGAAAUAGCUGUGGGGUUGAUGCUCUCCAAGACGACCAUAGAGCCGGUGGCCUUUAAAGUUCCACGGGUCAAAAAAGAGUUUUUCCAGGAUGACGUGUACCCGGACACAGCAGUGUGGUGGGAACCUGCACUGACUGCCUCUGCCUGGCUCUCUGGCUCUAACGGCCAACACAAAAAGAUCAGCCUGAAGCCUAAAGACAUGACACCAGUGAGUGAGGCCCCCAAAGAGGCUCCAGUAAGAAAAUACCUGCCCUCAUCGGUUUACCUGGAGGAAAAAACUGAUGAACAGAAAAAAGAGGAGCUGCUGAGUGCCAUGGUAGCCAAGCUGGGGAACAUGGAUGACCCGCUGCCACAGGAGUCCUUCCAGGGGGUUGAAGAAGAUGAAUGGGAUGAUUAAAGAAGACGUCUGCUUUUUGCUUCAGUCAUGGUGCCAACAGCUGAGUGGAGAGAACAAGUUGUGUGUUGUUGCCGCCUAAGCAACCUCUGAGCUUCAUCAGCGAACAUUACAGCCUACUAAACACAAAAAUGUUGCACAAUGUGAAAGCCCAAAAUGUUCAGGUUAAAAAUAAAUAAAAGAACUGUGUUUAAAAAAAAUCAUAAUGACCUUGUUUGACACCUUCUGGUUUUAGUAUUAUACCUACUAAGUUAAAAAAAAAUCAAACCUCACAUCUAGUUGAUAUUAAUUUUAACAAAAAAUUGUGUCUCUUACAUAUUAUAUAUAAAAGUAGGAUAAUCUAAAUAUUCACUAUAUAAAAAGCAAACUCAACUGACAAGUUCUUACAACAAAACUCAUGUUAUUAUUAGUGAUGUUAUUUCUGGUAGCUAACAGUUCUAGUUGUAGAUAGUUUUAGGAGAAUAAAACUGCAGUCAGUCACAGCAAUAAUACUUCUGGUUUUAGAUACAUAAACAGUUCAGUUUUUAAUCAUGAGUUUCACUUAAAAUUUCAAAUAAUGGAUCAGAAUUUUGACUUAGCUUCUCUUGUUCUCUGUGGUGUGUGGUCAUUGUUCAAGCUUAAAUAUUGCACACUGGACUGUCCUCUUAUAAAGAAGAAACUCUGGUUAUUGUAGAUAUCAGGAUGUCACAUUAUGAGUAACAGUGUACAAAGGUGGUAUGUGUGUGUGCACAUUUACUUCCACAGAUGAUCUUUGCUUCCAUUUUUUAUUGGUCAGUGUUAAGAGCAUGCUCAGAAAUGGUUCUGUCCUUAAAAAAUGCAACACAACAAAUAUUUUGUUGUUUUUAUUGAAUGGCUUCAUUUUAUGCACAACUGAUUUAAAAAAAAAAAAGCCUUGUCUUCCAGUUCGGUUAGACAAUACACACAAUUACUGUAACAUGUUUUAAUCUGCUUGUUUGUGCAUCUGUUAUCUUGGUCAGGUAACUGUUGGAAAGGUUUUAUAUCUCAAUGGGACUUCUUGCUUUAAAAAAUCUAAAUAAAAAAAAUAUAGUGUAUAAGCUUUAGCAGCAAAAACACAUUCAUGAUAUAACAGGGUUACCAAUGUUCAUGUUUGCCAAUGAACUGGAAUUUCUCAUGACAAUGGCAUUGUGUUAGCUUUCCUUUAUGAGCCAGUAUAAAACUUAAAUGCAAUUUUAACUUGAUUAUGUGGUAUGUUUGUACCAGAUACAUUUGGUUCAUCUUUUGCCAUCUUGUUGUAUAAUUAAGGAUCAAAGAUUUAAGAAAGAAAAAAAAUAGUUUUUAUACACUGAAAGCCAAACCAACUUUGUCUUGAGUUUUUAAAGAGGGGCCUUUUAUGCUUUGAGAUUAUUGUUUCUUUUGGUUUGCUGGACAGUUCAUAACCAGUAGUGUCCAGCCGGUUUUGGCGAUAUUCCUAAUAAAAUAUGCUCAUUUUUAUUAUCUGAUUUUAACUGCUACUGAGUAAUCAUGGUGUUAACAAGAGAGCAGUACAGUAUUAAUAAAUUACAAUGAAGCCAUUAACAGCCAUAAUGUAGUCUCUACUCAGGGCUACAGCACUAUUAUCAGUAAUCCAGGUUUGAUUCAUCAGAAUUUACCUAUGCCCUCCAGUGAAAAGAGAUGAAACAGAUGACUUUGCCAUGCAUGAUUGUGCAAGUCAUGUUGAACACAUGUAUAUUGGGUGUCAUCAGGGUUUUUUUUUUGUAUACUCUAUCUGCUUGUGAUUCUCAGUGGCCAUGCUGUCUUGUAUUUGAAUCAAAUGUACUUGGUUUGUUUUAAUAAGAACCUUCUUUUUAUACAGUGAGUACAGUAGUGUUGUGUUUCUGUUUCACUAUAGUAAUGGCUCGUGGACUGUUUUUCAAUAUAGUCUUGCAAUAAACAUUUUUUAAAAUCA